AUGACCCCACUAUUAACGCGCCUCAAACUUUCGUGGACCCGCGUCAUUGAGCGCCCCUGCCACAUUCACCGACCAACAAGAUCCGAUUCAUCAGCUUCAACAUCUCCAAGAGCACGCGCUCCAAUACAUUCAUGCCCCAAGCGCCUGGAGGAAAUGUCUAGCGGAGACGACUCUCCGUCGGCCGCCUCGUUCUGCACCGCAAGCGAGGUACCCGACCGCGAACAUAACGCGGACACGACCGCGCAGACCAGCCCGUCGCAAUGCGACGACGCGCCCGCAAAGAGGAAAGGGCAUGCUGGCGCUGACCAUGGAGUAGCCCAUGCGCCGCCGGUCAUGAGUGUGAACGACGGUUAUCGCGAGGCAAAGCUUCUCCCGCGCGAGCUGCGCGACCAGUGCAAGAUCUACCUUGAAGAGAGAAUGUAUAUCCCCGCAAUGCAGAUGCUAUGCAGCACGCUCUCCGCCGGCGGCCACCGCACCAACCCCAACCCGGCCUUUAUCCCGCCGCACCCACACCUGGCAUUCCUCGCCAGCCUCGCAAUCCACCCAAAGUUCACAAACCGACCUACGACGUCUGACGGACAGUCCAUUGGCUCGCGGGCCAUGCAGUACCUGCAGGCCCUGCAGAGGACCGUAGGGCCCGUCAACGCGAACUUGGCUGCGGCGUUCGACUUUGAGCCCUGGCGCAAGCGCGCGCGUCGCGGCGCCGCGGCGUCGGCCGAAUUGGAUCUGAGCGAGGACGAGGACCUGCUCAGGGGACAGUUCGUAGAAGGCUACGUCGUAUUUGCCAAGGCAGAGAGCUUUUGGAAGCUGGUCGGCUGGGCGUUCAACUGCAGCGCCCUGCAUGCGGAGCGCUGGAGGUAUUGGAGGGUGUGGUUGGAGUUUCUGGUGGAUGUGCUGGAGAGGGACUACCAAGAGAGGGAGAGACUGGACGAUGAGGCGGGCGGCGAUGACUGCGGUGAGACGAGCGAUUCGGAAGAUAUCAGGGGCACCCGAUGGCGUGAGGGCUCAUUGCUGUUUCGGUACGUGUGCAGCACCGACCGGAGAUCAUCCGAGCUCAACAGGUCCACGAUAAAAGGAAUGUUGAGAGCCAUCUUUGCGGACGGGACAGAGUCGUCUGUCAGGGAGUUUCCGGAGCUGUUUACGGAUGAGGCAAAACCCAAGCCGACGGCAGGGGCCAAGAGGAAGAGGGGUCUGAGUACGACUUUGGAUCUUGAGAGGGAGCAGUAUGGCGACUAUCUCGAUGAGGAUGGAUACAGCUCGUCAGGGUCACAACCUGUGUCUCCUAGCGGAAGACAGGCGAAAAGAAUGCGUGGUGGGAAAGCAAAGUCUGCGGGUCCGGUAGAAGAUCCACCUCCAAGUGAGUGUCUACUGGAGUCUGUGGGCUUGCGCCUGCGUCUUUUUGAACUGCUCGGCAUAGCGAUUAGAGAUCACUCGGGCCGGGCAGAUGGUCUCGAGGACCUGUACAGCGACUUUUGCUUCACCCUACGAUCGCUCCACCUAGACACGUUUUCCGCCUUUAUCGCGCCAUACGGCACAGGCCUCCCGCUCGACUCGCUCGUCACGGUAAUCCGCGAGACUAUGGAGCACUUUCAACCAAAGACCGCCCCGAAGCCGUCCAAGGUCGACAAGGCGGCGGCCGAGGGCGGGUUCGUCACCAUGGCCCUGAUGGAAAAGUGCUACCUCCCCACCGUGGCGUCGGGCGGCGUCGACAACAACGCCCGCUACUCACUCCUCGUCGAGGCCCUGCUGCGCAUCAUGUGGCAGGCCGGCCAGGUGUCCUACACGCCGGAGCUCGACGAGGCGAUCCGGGCGGGCGUGGCGGCGCGGAAUGACUGCAAGGGGGGCAGGGGUGGCCGCGCCAAGGAGUCGACGAAGGACGAUGCUGCUCGUCGCAUCCUGGCCGAGUCGGGAGAUCGGCUCGAGCUGCUCUUGGAUAUCAUCCACGACGAGGAGGAGCGGAUGGAUUGCGACGGAGACCAGCAAGGUACAUUGCAUUAGCACGUUGCGAACCUCUGUUUUUGCUUUUGAACUUUUUGUGUCCUUCUGCGUGGUGUUGCUUUUUGCUUCUGAACCUCUCGGCCACUUCCCUUGCGCCCCCCAUGCAAGCGUUUGAUAAAACGUUGCAACGAAGGCUAACCGAGAACAGAGGUCCAAAGUCUUUUCAGAUUUUAGGGUCCCGGGCGAGUCAAGGAGCUCCUAAAGUGGCGGAUCACGAUCAGCGCGUCUCGGUUUGCGAGACGUCUAGAUGGACAAUAUUGAUUGGGUCGAGAAGAUCCAGUAAUGUGUCUUUUUUUUUUUUUUUUUUUUUUUUUUUGGCCACUCAUGGGUUGAUUAUUCAUGCCGAG